UUGAGAUGUUUUACCUUUUCAUAUUUUUGGAACAUGCUCACUGCAUCUGAGAAUCCCAUUUUUGAAGCACAACCUCCUUCUCCAAUUCAUCUUUCAAAACAUUUUUGCCACAUUGGACAUAAUUAUUAGUUUUGGAUAGCGGAGAAACAACAGGACACGUAUAAGCCUGAAUAAUGCUUAUAAAUAAAUCUCCAUUCAUAUCCUAUCAUAAACUGAAUAACAGGAGUGUCAAAUAAAUGCAGGCAGCUCCAUGAAGCCAGAGACAAUAAUACCGGAAACAUAGAGGGCUUUACUUCAGAGUAAAACCAACCAGUUUAGUGUCCUUUGAGUGUUAUGUAACAUUUAUAACAGCUACAUCAGUGAAAAGAGAUUCUCAUUAAAGCAAGCAAAGAUUAUCUCAAGCUCUCUGUUACAUGUAUUGUGUGACUAAGCCGAUCCUGUUAAAAACACUAAACUUAGACUUCUUGUGUAAGCCGAAUUGGCUGAAGAUGUAAUAUAUGCUGUGAAAGCUGCAGUUAGUUAAAAUAUGUACAAUUCACUUCAUAUUUCACAUUAAAUGGUCUUCAGUUUAAACACUCAGAAGGGAACAAUAUGCCACAUUUCACCACGAGUCUUUUAUUUGUGAAACCGUAAUCCGGAUGUAAGCCUUAUUAUUCUGCUCAACUUGACACGAGUGGUCCAUUCACUCCUGUCUGGCAGACCGUCGAGGGGGGUAGACAGCAUCAGCGCGAGCUCCGAGCAGCACUGAAUCUCUGUCAGGAACCCUCCAUAAUGCAUGGGGGCAAGAGAGGACUGGUGGCUCCGCAAAACACUUUUUUGGAAAAUAUUGUCCGGCGUUCCAGCGAAACCAGUUUCCUGUUGGGAAAUGCACAGAUUGUGGAGUGGCCGGUUGUAUACAGCAACGAUGGAUUCUGCAAGCUGUCUGGCUACCACAGAGCUGAGGUCAUGCACAGGAGCAGCACGUGCAAUUUCAUGUACGGUGAGCUGACCGAUAAGAAGACAAUAGACAAAAUCAGACAAACGUUUGACAACUAUGAGUCCAAUUUCUACGAGGUGCUGCUCUAUGCAAAGAGUAGAACACCAAUAUGGCUUUACAUGCAGGUCGCCCCGAUCAGGAAUGAGAAUGACAAGGUGGUGCUUUUCCUCUGUACCUUCAGAGAUAUUACACUUUUCAAACAACCGAUUGAAGAUGAAGCAACUAGAGGAUGGACAAAAUUUGCCAGGCUGACGCGGGCACUGACCAACAAUCGCAACCUGGUGCAACAGUUAGCGCCGCUGAGCAAGACUGAGGUCACCCAUAAGCCCUCCAGACUGGUUGAGGCUCUCCAGCUGGGAUCAGACAUCCUCCCUCAGUACAAGCAAGAAGCCCCUAAGACCCCUCCACACAUCAUCCUCCACUACUGUACCUUCAAGACCACAUGGGACUGGGUCAUCCUCAUCCUCACCUUCUACACCGCCAUCAUGGUGCCCUAUAACGUCUCAUUUAAGACCAAGCAAAACAAUUUGGCAUGGUUGGUGCUGGACAGCAUCGUGGACGUCAUCUUUUUGAUUGACAUCGUGCUCAACUUCCACACUACCUUCGUGGGUCCCGCUGGAGAGGUCAUUUCAGAUGCGAAGCUGAUACGAAUGAAUUACGUGAAAACGUGGUUUGUCAUUGACCUGCUGUCCUGUCUGCCCUAUGACAUCAUUAACGCCUUUGAAAAUGUGGAUGAGGAUGUCAUCACAUCUGCUUCUCCAGCGAGUCAUGUCCGUGACGCCUCCCAUUUCCAUAGGAAUAGCACAAGGAUGGAGGACUCUGUGUUACCAGGUCUCAGCAGCCUCUUCAGCUCCCUAAAAGUCAUCCGCCUGCUCCGUUUAGGCCGAGUGGCCCGGAAAUUGGACCACUACCUGGAGUACGGGGCAGCCGUCCUGGUUCUGCUGGUGUGUGUCUUCGGCCUCGUGGCCCACUGGCUGGCCUGCAUCUGGUACAGCAUCGGGGACUAUGAGGUCAUCGACGAGACCACAAAUACCAUCAAGACAGACAGUUGGCUCUACCAGUUGGCCCUGAGUAUUGGUACUCCUUACCGCUACAACACCAGUGGUACCGGCCAGUGGGAGGGCGGCCCAAACAAAGACACGCUGUACAUUUCCUCUCUUUACUUCACCAUGACGAGUCUCACCACCAUCGGGUUUGGCAACAUUGCUCCGACCACAGAUGGUGAAAAGAUUUUCUCCGUUGCUAUGAUGAUGGUGGGCUCGCUGCUCUAUGCCACCAUCUUUGGAAAUGUCACCACCAUCUUCCAGCAGAUGUACACCAACACAAACCGCUACCAUGAGAUGCUCAACAACGUGCGCGACUUCCUCAAGCUUUAUCAGGUUCCCAAAGGUCUGAGUGAGAGAGUCAUGGACUUCAUUGUCUCCACCUGGGCCAUGUCUAAGGGCAUCGACACAGAUAAGGUUCUCUCAAUUUGUCCCAAAGACAUGCGAGCAGACAUCUGCGUCCACCUGAACAGACAAGUGUUCAACGACCACCCAGCGUUUCGUCUGGCCAGUGACGGCUGCUUGCGCUCUCUAGCUGUGGAGUUUCAGACCACACACUGUGCACCUGGAGACCUAAUCUUCCAUAUCGGCGAGAGCGUCGACACCCUCUGCUUUGUAGUCUCUGGUUCACUUGAAGUCAUCCAGGAUGAUGAGGUCAUUGCAAUACUAGGUAAAGGUGACGUGUUUGGAGACGUGUUCUGGAAAGAGACCACGCUGGCCCGUGCUUGUGCAAAUGUCCGCGCCCUGACUUACUGCGAUCUGCAUGUCAUCAGGAGAGAAGCUCUGAUGAGGGUGCUGGACUUUUACACAGCAUUCGCCAACUCAUUUUCCCGCAACCUCAUCCUCACCUGCAAUCUACGAAAACGGAUAGUCUUCAGAAAGAUUGCUGACAUGAAGAGGGAGCAGGAGCGCCAGAGAAACGAGGUGACUCUCUCCAUUCCUGAAGACCACCCGGUUCGCAAGCUGUUCCAGAGGUUCAGGCAGCAGAGAGACGGUCAAACACCAGAAGAAUCUUACUUCGAUCAUAGCUUUGUGCAGGUGGAACCGCAGCACCACCAACGCACGGACUCAAACUCUUACACGCAAUGUCAGACUCUAUCUCCUCAGCAGCAGGAGUACAGCUCCACAGUGCAGAAUAAUGCACCCUGUACAGGAGGGGGAGGUGCAGCCAGUGAAUGUAGCAUGGCCGUCCCUCUGCAGGACUCACAAGUUUUUAUCCAUACUGAAAAGUCAGAGCAAAGCUGUGCACAAGAGGUCGAGGAGUCUAGAUUAAGGCCUUGUGCAGAGAAUCAGAUGUGUCAGAGGGUCAACAGCCCUGUGCAGAGGAGUGGUGCAGGUGGAGAGGGAGCUGGAGGUGGCGCCACCAGCCGGGGAGGCGCUCGAGGCUGGGCAAAGUUUAGAAAAGGCACCUCUGUUGCACCACCGCCUCCUGCUGUUGAGCAGGAAAAGCAGCCGCAGAAGCCGGAGGACUGGCCUAAAGGAUCACAGUCCUCAGAACAAUUAGCAGCUGCUAACAAGAACCAGGACUCAGAGGAAAGCGGAGAGACGGGGAGCACAGAGGGCAGCAAGAGUGCAGGAGAAGCAGGUGACGAAACAAGCGCCCUGCACAAAACAGACUCCUGCGACAGUGGAAUUACAAAGAGCGAUCUGCGUAUCGACCGAGCCGGAGAUUCAAGAAGCUCCUUUGAGCGAAGCCCGAUGGAAAAAAGCCCAAUGGAGAGAAAUCCAUUCGAGCACAGUCUCGGGGUUGACAGCGAGGUCUCCCUCAAACACACUUUUGUGCAGCCAGUGUCGGAACAAGCUCUCCUUCAAGCGACGCUGCAUGAAGCCAAACUGGAGCUGAAGGCGGACAUUCAGAUACUGAGUGGCCGACUGUCGGUCCUCGAGUCUCAUGUGAGCGAGAUCCUCAGGUUGCUGUCUUUAAAAAGAAGACUCUCGCUGCCGCCGACUUCGUCCCCAAAGGCAAGAGUCAGGAGUCAAGACUCUGCUUCGAGGCCUGUCACACCAAAAACAGAUGAUGGACCCUUUUGAAUCCACUAAAUAGAAAAAAACAGUUUGCAUGUCCUGCUGGCAUGCCAAAGAAAUGUCUUGCAUUAAAGGUGCAAUGUGUAGAAUUUAGUGGCAUCUAGUGGAACGAAAUGGAAUAUAAUAUUAA